GCCCUGGCCGAGUGCGGGUGCAGCGUGCAGCCCGCGGUCCUGCGUGGCUAAUAUGGGUACAUUACGAUAGUCAGCUGUUCGUAAUAGAUUCCAGUUCAUCUCUCAGAUCGCGCUGUGUCGUUAACUUCGCCGAUCAGAUGACAGACUCCGAGUGGAGCUGACGUGCAAAGUGGGUUCGAAAGCGUGUGUAUAGCGCCAGUGUGUGACUGUGUCAUAUCUUGACGGGAGCCGCUCUUCGCAGCUGCGUUGCGUCACUACGUGCGUCUCAUAUGACUGUUAAGUGACACUUGGUGCCGCAUCCGGAUUAACUCCUCUGCCGAGAGUGUGGGUGAAGAAAAAGGCGCUCACGGAGACGCGCGUGGACAGCCUGACCCGUGCACUUGGCGUGGGUGGACUGCACAGCCAGCUUUGGGAUCGGCGCUCGGAUUAACGACCUCGAAUGCAGCAAUAACUCCUUAUAUUCGUCAUAAAGGACAGUUGUCGAACGACUUGAAUCAUUGGUGAAUUUCAAGAGACAAUUUUAUUACAGCUGUUAGUAUCAGCAUCUAUUGGUGUACAUAAGAAAUUUGAUAUAUAAGUUUGUGAGCACUUUGCAGUUCUUUACUGAGAAGAGCCACAUUUUGAACUGUGCCGAAAAGGGGUUUUACUUUCGUGUCAACCCCUGGUGUCAAACAACAAUAUUUGGCAGAAGAUGCACUAACAUACGAUCGCUGGGAAGUAAACAGACGUAGAUAAAUUGCCAAUAAUUUCCUCGGAGUUUCGUCUCGUCUGCUUUCUGCAAUGUUUACCUAGCGACGUGGACGAUGAGUCGCUGUAAAACAUUUUGUCCGUGACACCAUUCCUUCGUUAGUCGAAGUGUUAAUAGAACAGUAUUCUACAUACAUCUUACGUGAGUGUUAUGGAAAGUUUACUACUCAGUAGUGAAAGAGCUUUCGUUGCCGGUGGGUGUGCCUGCAGCCGUAGUCAAUGAACAGGCUUGGGAAAGUGUUAACAGUGCAUGUCGACGCUUCGCUUAUUCUGAUGGCAACAGACUCCGCACCAAGGACUGUACCUUCGUAAGGCACCACGCCGUGCUUUAGAGCGGGCCGCGGGCUGCGCGUGUCCAUGGCGGCGCCCGCGAUCGGCCGGCGGCGGACGGCGUCGUGCGUGCGCACCGCCGUCUUCCUGUUCCUCGUCACGUUCGUGUGGCUGCAGCUGCACGUCGCCAGCCUGGGCAGCGCCCGACACGCCGCGCCAGACGCCGCUGCCGCCGCCGCGGACGCCAACGACUCCACCGCCGCUAUCCUCAGCAUGGUGCCUCAGGUGCUGCACAAGUUCCUGACGCCCAAGCCGCGGCGCAACGCGACGGUGGCGGCGGGGGCGGCGGCGGCGGCGGCAGGCACUGCAGCGAACGGCAGCGCGGCGGCGGCGGCGGCGGGGCUGCCCGUCCCCAGGCCCAACAUCUCCGACAUCCGGCGCAGCAUCGAGCGCUACAACGAGAUGCAGACCAUCCACAACGAGGAAGUGUUCGGGCCUGUUCAGAAUGACACGCUCAUCAUAGUCGUGCAGGUGCACACAAGGAUUAUUUACCUGAGGCAUCUAAUUGUCAGCCUUGCACAAGCAAGGGACAUAGAUACUGUACUGUUAAUCUUCAGUCAUGAUUACUAUGAUGAAGAGAUUAAUGAGCUUGUGCAGAGCAUAGACUUUUGCAAAGUCAUGCAGAUUUUCUACCCUUUUUCCAUACAGACACAUCCAAAGGAGUUCCCAGGAGAAUCCCCAGGGGACUGUCCACGCAACAUAAAGAAAGAGCAGGCCAAGGAAAUGAUGUGCAAUAAUGCUUUAUACCCUGACUUAUAUGGCCACUACAGAGAAGCAAAAUUCACUCAAACAAAGCACCACUGGUGGUGGAAAGCAAACAGGGUGUUCAAUCAGCUGGAUGUUACAAGAAAUCAUACAGGGAUGGUGUUGUUCCUAGAGGAGGAUCAUUUUGUUGCUGAAGACUUUAUUCAUGUCAUGCAUCUCAUGGAAAGAACUUGUAAAGUCAGUUGUGAUAGGUGCAACAUUCUUUCCCUUGGCACGUACCUGAAAACCUACAAUUAUUAUGGAGAUUCAAAGAAAAAGGAGGCUCUGAGAGCCAUGAAACGCCACCCGUCUUUCUCUGCAGGCUCAAUUCCUCCAUCCUGGGGCUUCCAGAUACUCCCUUCUCUCUAUCAGCAUUACCAGAAGGCUGAGGUGACACCAUGGGUGAGCAGUAAACAUAAUAUGGGAAUGGCUUUCAACCGCACAACUUGGAAUGACAUUCGACGUUGUGCUGAGUUUUUCUGCAUCUACGAUGACUACAACUGGGACUGGAGUUUGCAACAUAUUUCACAGGGCUGCAUGGCACACAAGUUGUAUGCAAUGGUUAUGAAAGGGCCUCGUGUAUUUCACAUUGGAGAAUGUGGUGUCCAUCACAAGAAAGCCAACUGUGAAUCUACUGCAGUAAUUUCAAAGGUGCAACAUGUCCUGAAAUUUGCAGCAAAACAUCUGUAUCCUACACAUCUGACUCUGACAGUUACGAAUGGCAACAAGAAGCAGAAACUACGAAAGGGUAAUGGUGGCUGGGGGGAUAUUAGAGAUCACCAGCUAUGCAUCAAUAUGACAAAAAUAGGCAGGUAGUACACAUUUGUCCCAGAACUGUGGGUUAGGGACAGAAUACUUUUCAUGCUAGAACUCUCUGUAUGUGGAGAAUAAAUGUUAAUCUAUAGUUACUGGAGUGGUGACUCACAAUUUAGUGCCAUGCUCCUAAAUCUUUAUUUGAAGUCAAAUCUUCUAGCUGAAUUUCUUGGAUGUGAAGUAUAAGACUUUAUGCACAUUUUAUAUUUGAUGCUUCCAGAUGUGCAUGAUCAAACAAAAGUGACAAAUAUGCUUGAAAAAAAGACUUUCAUGCAGAUUUUUCUGUCUGCAAAGCACCAUUUCUUCUAACUGGAACUGUUUUGUGUAAGGCAAUGUAACAGUGUGAUACAUUGGCAAUACAAAAUAUCUGCAUUAUUUUUUGUGAAAAUGAUUUUUUGUGAAUGUUUUCCAUGAGGUAUGCUACAUAAAGGCACAUGGUUAUAGAUUUAUGUACUGUUCUAAUUAAAAGUAUAUAAUUUUUAUUGAAACCAUGUGUAAAGACAUGAACUAAAGCUAUUCAGUGUAAAUGUAAACACAAAUGCACAUAUUUUUAAUGAUCAUGUGACAAUUUGUAUAAAAGUGCAUCUAUAUGUGUCAAAAAGAUGUUAGCAUUAGAUUCUAAAAAAAAGCUCUUGUCCAUUGAGUGCAAAUCAUUGACUGCUUGGUUUAUUUUUAUAUUCUAAUUAUUAUGUCACAUCCUAUAUAAAGCUUUGUAUAGAAAACAUGUUAUAUAUUCUGCCUGGUGAAAACCCAUUUCUGUGAUCCAAAACUUUUCAAAAUAUUGUAGCUGUCUUUUAUAAUUAAUAUUGGUUUUCAUUUUGGCAAGCUUAAAAUAGGUAUGUUGCUUCCAAAGUGAUGUAACCAUGCUCAAAUUAUUUUUAAGAUAUUCAUCUGUAAUAAUCAGUGAAUUUAUAUGAAACAAAGGAUAUCGUGUAAGAUUUCAGUAAGCAUCGGUAUUGAAAGAACUAAAGGUAGCUUGUGUAAAACACUGUGGUACAUUGAAAAAAAUGUACUAAUAUAUUUGUAUAAAAAUGAUUUUCUACUGUAAACUUGUAGUUUCAAUUGUCUGUAAGUAAUAAAGUGAUUUCCGUGAGUGGAGUUGGAAAUUGGAGCAGAUGCCUCAUACGUGCAAAACUUCAUAAGGAUUCUCUGAUUAGAAUUUUCUGUGCUAACCAUAAAAUACUUUAGAGGAGAACUUUUAAAGAAGAUAUAAAUCUAGCUGCAGGCAUGGAGGGUCCAAAUUAAAUCUGUUUGUUGGAAACAGAUUCAUGCUUCCUUACCAAUCAUCAUGGCAAGAUAUAUAUGUGUGUACAGCUAAAAUGGUGCUAAUUGAUGUUAGUUUGUGUAGCAAAUAUUCUUCAUCAUCUGUCUUUGUUGUAUUGUAUCUGCAAGCUUUAUGAUAGAUUAAAGUUGUUUUACAUAUUGUUCUGUAUUCUGACAUUGCAAAGGAGAUAAUUAAUGAAGCACAAAGUUAAUGCGCUUACUUCUGAUGAAGUAUAUUGCUGACAAUAUUUAUCAGUCUUACCAGUAACUGCUUACCAGAAUUUGUUUUAUUGCCUAUCUUUUUCCAUUCAUAACAAUUGCGUAUCUAGUCACGUAAAAUAAUGUUCAUAUGUUUCUGUUAUAUAUUUAAAAAUUUAAGUGCUCUUGUUUCAUAGAUCUGAAUAUUUAAAAGCACCUUUUUUUGUUUUUUGUUGUUGUUAACAUGAAGCAGUCUACAGAUGGAUUGAAACAAUAAAGUGGUAAAUAAUAGCAUAAAACUUUCUGGCUAAAGAAACCGUUAUAUUACAUUAUGUACAUACAUGGAAAUUUUGGUGUUCUGUGUAUGUUACACUGCUAUCCUUUUUAUAUCAGUGGAAACCAAAUAAAAUUUCUGAGCAAACUGAUUAA